AUGAAAGUUGCUGUUCAAGGCUGCUGCCAUGGAGAAUUGGACAAGAUAUUUGCGUCAGUGCGGUACAUUCAAGAAACUCAAAAUAUCACAAUUGAUCUUUUGAUAAUCUGUGGCGACUUUCAAGCCAUGCGAAAUACUGCCGAUCUGGCUUCUAUGGCUUGUCCUGACAAAUAUAAACAUUUGGGAACCUUUUACCAAUACUACAGUGGACAAAAAACUGUUCCUGUGCCUACUAUUUUUGUUGGUGGAAAUCAUGAGGCUUCUAACUAUCUAUGGGAACUUUAUCAUGGUGGAUGGGUGUGUCCAAACAUCUAUUUCUUGGGUUUCGCUGGUUGCGUACGAUUUGGAAGUGUGCGUAUUGCUGGAAUUUCCGGAAUCUAUAAAGAAAAUCAUUAUAACGAAGGCCAUUACGAGCGAUUUCCAUACAAUGACGGCCAUGUCAGAUCCAUCUACCAUGUGCGUAAAUUCAAUGUAUAUCGUCUUGCCCAGAUCAAUACUCCCGUCGAUAUAUUUCUCUCUCACGAUUGGCCUACUGGUAUUGCCUAUCAUGGAAACACUCGGCAGCUGCUGCAAUUCAAAAAACAUUUUAAAUCAGAGGUACAAAGCAACACUUUGGGAAGUCCUCCAAAUGAAUUUCUGCUUCGAAAACUAAAGCCAUCAUUUUGGUUUGCUGCACAUUUGCAUGUCAAAUUUGCUGCAUUGUUUGACCAUGAUCAUUCCACAAAGUUUUUGGCAUUGGAUAAAUGUCUUCCAGGACGUGACUUUCUUCAAAUUGUUGAUAUACCCACAGAUCCAGACACUAAAAUACCACUGCGGUUUUACCAUGACGAAGAGUGGUUAGCAAUUGUGCGAGCUACUCAUCAGUCGUUUUCUGAUGCUCGCAUUCAACAGCCAUUUCCAUCCGACAGUGAUACUCAGUUGUAUGUAUAUGCUACUCUUUGA